AUGACUGGUCCAACCGCUGAAACCCAGAAGGGGCGCUACGCCAAGCCGCUGCCGACCUCCAACCUGUCAUAUUCAGAUGGUGUUCCAGAAUUUGAACCUUUUGAAGGCGUUGCUGAAUCUGAGGUCACGCCCAGAGCAUUUGCACCUGGUGGAGUGUUACUGGAGGCUCUGAAUAUCAACAUGUGUCAGGACGUCAACAAGCCGAAGCACUACACCACUGACUACUACAUGCAGAACCUGGUGGUGCGCCGUGGUCAGGAGUUCGUCAUGCAGGUGACCUUCAGCCGCCCGCUGGCUCCGGAGGACGACUUCCACAUCGAGUUUACGAUUGGCUCCGAUCCUUCGCCCAAUAAGGGCUCCCUGGUGAUGGUGACCUUCGGUAACCGUGGCAGCAGUUCGUGGUCAGGCCGGAUUCUGCAGUCUCAGGGUACAUCUGUGAUGUUCGGCAUCACACCAGAUGCCGCCGCCAUUGUGGGGAAGUUUCAAGUGUACGUGGCCAUCUCCACUGGCAUGGGCAUGCAGCGCACCAAGAGGGACCCCACCACUGACCUGUACCUGCUGUUCAACGCCUGGUGUCCAGACGAUCACGUGUUUCUUCCUAAUGAAGCAGAAAGACAGGAGUACGUCCUGAAUGAUGAAGGGGUGAUCUACCAGGGUUCAUCUAACUCUGUGACAGAGCGUCCAUGGACAUAUGGGCAGUUUGAGCGCGGCAUUUUGGACGCCUGUAUCUUUGUUCUGGAUGCGUCUCAGACGCCAGUCUACGACCGGGGCAACGUUGUCAAGCUGGUCAGGGUGGGAUCUGCCAUGAUGAACUCUCAGGAUGACAACGGUGUGAUGGUUGGGAACUGGAGCAAUGACUAUUCCAUGGGCAAACCCCCGACGUCUUGGACCGGCAGCACCAAAAUCCUACUGCAGUACGCCAACACCGGAGUCCCGGUCUGUUUCGCUCAGUGCUGGGUGUACGCUGGAGUCUUCAACACCUUCCUCAGAUGCCUUGGCAUCCCAGCAAGGGUCAUCACCAACUACAAUUCUGCUCAUGACAACACGGGCAACCUGAAGACUGACCUCAUCUUCAACGCUGAUGGCACGCCAGACAGACGCAACACCAGGGACUCCAUCUGGAACUACCACUGCUGGAACGAGGUGAUGAUUAAGCGUCCUGAUUUGCCACCCGGGCUGGAAGGAUGGCAGGUGGUUGACUCCACGCCUCAGGAGACCAGUGACGGCUUUUUCCGCUGUGGUCCAGCACCGGUCAUUGCCAUUAAGGAGGGUCACCUGUGUUACCCGUUUGACUGCGGCUUUGUGUUCGCUGAGGUGAACAGUGACGUGGUCUUCCUCAAGAGAGAUAAGUACGGGGAUCUGACUCCCUUCAGAGUGGACAAGACGUACAUUGGAGAGAAAAUUUUAACCAAAGCUGUAGGCUCACAAGAACAAAACAACAUCACAAACACCUACAAGUUCCCUGAAGGAAGUGCAGAAGAUGAGGCGACCAUGGCCCGGGCGGAGGGGUUCGGCUGUGAGAGGGAUCACAGUGAGACGCCUGUGGAUGACCUGUCUGUCACCGUCAUCGUGGAGCCGUGUGUUAUAGGUCAGGAUGUGCAGCUGGUAGCGACCUUCAAGAACCAGGGUAAAGUCCUCAGAAACGUGACGGCUCACCUGGACUGUGACAUCAUCUUCUACACUGGAGUCGUGGCCAAUCACUUCAAAGACAUUACCUUCGAUGUGACUGUGCUGCCCUACCAGAGUUAUAGUGUGCCGUUUAAGAUCCCAGCUUAUGAAUACCAGUCCCAGCUGAGCUCUCAGACCUGCCUGCGCUUCAUUGUGAGCGGACAGUCUGGUAACCUGCAUGUGCUUGACUUAAAGGUGCUGGAGCUGCAGACCCCGGACCUCAAAGUGACGUUGAACGGGGAGCCUCUGCUGAACCAGGAGAUGGGUGUCAAAGUUGAGUUCACCAACAAUUUCGGCUUUCCUCUGCGUGGCGUCAAUCUAUCCCUCGAGGGAGCUGGGCUCAUAGGUCCAAAGUCUAAAUACUACAGGUAA